AGUUGCUAGCUUAAACUUACAAACUCGUGUUCUUUUAUGGAUAAAGCCAAUAAGAAAACUCGUUUAACAAAGUGUCUUGUUGCUUUCUGGCGCAGCCACCUCAUAUUCUAGAGCUUGCAAAGCAUCCAAAGCAUUUCAAAACGACAGAUGAAUAUCGUCAUUCAUUCGAGACACUCCUAGUCUUACUAAAUAUUUUUUUAAAAUGUUUAAAAGUGACACCAAAGAUGCUCCAUUUGGAUCAAUUGAAUACUGUUUAUUAACUGAUGAUAAAAUACAACAAGCACUGGAUAUUCAACAACGCUCUAUGGAAACAGAAAAUGUUGCAAUUGGUGUUGGAUUAUAUGAAGAAAAUGGUGCACCAGAAACAAUGAAAAUUAUAUUUGAACAAGUUAUCAAGGAUAAAUGUACAAUUGUUGCUGUUGAUACGAAAAUUGAUAAAGUUGUUGCUGUUGCAUUUAAUAAAAUUCAUACAAAUUUAAUUGACAACAAUGUGGAUCCAUUGAGUGAUAUUGUUAAAAAUUAUAUCAAGCAAAGAUCAUGUCUGGCACUUAUUGAGUUUCUCGAUGAGGUUGAGUCACAUGUUGAUUUGUUUAAAAAAUACAAUACACAAACGAUAAUGGAAAUUUUUUAUGUUGGUACUGAUCCAAAUUAUCGAGGAUUUCGAAUUGGACAAGGUGUUGUUGAAGCAUCAUUGGAAUUUGCUAAAAAUAUGGCUGUUAAUGAUAAUGAUAAAUUUUAUAAGUAUAUACCAGAUGUUGCGUUUGGUGUUUUUACAUCAAAUUAUAGUCAGAAGAUUGCUAAAAAUUUAAAUUUCGAUUUUAUUUAUGAUGUUAAUUAUGGGGAUUUUGAAUAUUGGGGUAAAACAAUGGCUGAUAGAAUUGGUAAUGAGCAUAAAACAGCUAAACUUGCUGCAAUUAAUUUGAAAAUAUAAUAUGUUUUUUUCUUUAAUUUAAAUUAAAUAUUACAAAGUAAUUAAAUAAUUUUUAGAUAAAAAUUAUAAAUUAAAAUUAACAAUAAUAUGAAAAAAAAAUAAUUAAAUGUUUCUUAAUUUACAUGAAAAUAAAAUGUAUUUAUAAAAAGAGAAUUUAUUGAAAUUAAAAUAAAGUGAUUUUCAAUAAUAACAAGAUGAAUUUCUACGAAAAUAAUUAACGUGAAGAAAUAUUUCUCCACGUGAGUAUUUUUUCGAGAAAAAAUUCGGAGAUAUUUUUUCGACAAGGGAAAAAUAUUUCUCCGCUCAUUUCUCCACAUGGGUUAAAUCGUGGAGAAAUAUUUCCACCGUGGUUUUUUAUUUUUUCUAAAAAGAUAUUUUAAAAUUUUAAUUGUAUUUUUAUUUUAUUUUGUCAAAAUUUUAAGUAACAAGUCAAGUGACACGCUGUAUUAUUUUAUAUUUUAAUAAUAUUAGGUCUCGGGUAAAUAUUUUAUAGAUGACACUGUAUCAUCAAUAAUGGAUCUACACAAGACGUAUAGAAAUAAAUUGUGAAGAUGUUUUAUGGGAAAAAUAUAAAUUUAGGUUCUACUUGGAAUUUUUUUUUUGGUAGAAUUUUUAAUUAAGAAUAAUUGAAUGACUAUUUGUUUGUACUUUGAAACUAAUUAAAAAAAUAAAAAACUAUUUAAUUAUGUUUUUGAAUUCAUUGCUAAACUUGCAGCAAUUAAUUCAAAAAUAUAGUUAAAUAGUUUUUCAUUUUUUCUAUAAUGUACCUUUAUUUCAAAAUAUAUUUAAAAGAAAAAACAAUAUAAAAAAUCGAAAUAAAGUUUGUUAUUUCCAA